CAAACAUAUUUUCAAACCAUUGAAACUGUCAAACAUAUUUUGGAAUGUUGUUGAAUUUUGUGAGUUGGAAGUGAAUUGUUAGGUCUCAACGAUUAAAUCUAUAUAGUAAUUAUAAAUGGUUUACAAUGAAUUUAGUGAGUAUAAGAGAAUUAGUGUCAUUUUCAGCUGUUAUAACUACGAUACUUCAAUUUUUAUCCGGAACGUUGGUUUGCAAGCAAUAUGUAGUUAAUCGGACAACUGCAGAAUCAUCACCACUACCUUUUGUCUGCGGAUUCCUAUCAUGUGGUGUUUGGUUACUAUAUGGAUUAAUUAAGCAAGAUAACAUAAUAAUUUUAGUCAAUAUAGUUGGGGUUACACUUAUGAUCUCAUAUGUAUUCAUAUUUUAUAUUUACACCUUCAAGAAAUCUAGUCUGUUGAAACAGUUUCUUUUAUCAUUAUUGUUGUAUUCGUUUAUUAUGGGAUAUAUGUCAGUAGAGACUGAUAAUGAAGUACUUUUAAGCAGAGUGGGCUUAUCAGCAUGUACACUCACUUUGAUAACGAUUGCCGCACCAAUGAGCAAGUUGUUAUAUGUAAUCAAGACGAAGUGCACAGAGUGUCUUCCAUUUCCCAUGAUAUUAAUGUCCUUCAUUGUGUCAAGCCUUUGGUUCUGCUAUGGUUUAAUUGAGCAGGACUAUUAUAUGACGAUACCAAAUUUCAUUGGAGGUGGAUUGGCAGUGGUGCAGCUCUCUUUGUUCAUAAUAUAUCCAACAACUCCAUAUUCUUCACUUGCAACGAAGACCACAUUAGCAUAAAUUUGGUCCCUUACCUUAUUUAUUAGAUUAGAUUAGAUAGAUAACACAAUUAAAAAGUUUGUAAACUUGUCAUGACUAUUAGGUAUAAUAUGAAGUGUUGAAUGCCAAUACAAUGCGUUAGUAUUAAUAUGACGUAAUGUAAUAAUUUAUAUUGCCUUAUUCUUUGAUGAUGAUGCAUAUAGUUUUAUGUACAAUGUAUAUAAUUUUUCUGGAUCAAGAAUCCAAAAAAAAUGGCUAAUUAUUUUGAAUUAGGGUAUCCUAUUUUAUUUAACGCUAAUGCAUGGCACAUUAAAUUUAAAAAGUUCUGUUAAUUUAAUAGAUUACAAAUAUUAUUAAGUCCUUCAUUAUAUUAUUACUUAAUAAUAAAGAGGAACAAUUUCUUUGUUUGUUUGUAAUUGAUAAAUAUUGAAACUUCUGAACCGAUUUUAAUAAUUAUUAUUUUACCAUUAUAAAACUUCUUUAUCCAUAAGAUUAGUAACACGAUAAAUUACAUAUUAUACUAUACCGCGGACGCGCGUAGUCGUGGGCAAAAGUUAGUCUACAUACAAGUGCCAUAAUUUGAAAGGAAAUAAAAAACGUAAAAUUUCAAAAUAUAAAAUUUUAAGUUUCAAAUAUUGAAACAAUAAAAUUGUUGUAUUUGAAUAUGGUACUGAUAAAAUAAUUGUAUGAUUUGAAUUAAGUAUUAUUAAAAUAGCUCUCAAAUCUCUUUUACCUUAAACGGUUGUGGUAUUUAUUAAUAGAGUAAAAUUAUGGAGAUAGGAUUAGUUAAUUUUAUAGCCUAUUUUGUUAUCAUUCAAUGUAUGUGUUCAAAUCGGACUGAGAGAAUCACUUUUUAUUUACGGUCUAUAGUUUUCAGUUGACUGAUUUUCUUUAGCGCGGUAGUGCCCAAGUGAAAAUAGUAUUUCAAAAGAGUAAUCAUACGACGCGUACAGUACGCAAUUUGCUAGAAAUAGACGCGCAAAUUAGCUAGCAUUCGGCUGUUCGCUCUUUACUGUCAACUGGGACAUAAUUUGUAAUAUACCUUAAAUUACAAUAAUGAGUUUUAUAAUAUACCUUAAAUUAGUCAUUUUAGGCUUAGCUUUGCCCAUUUUACUGGCUUUUACUAUGGCAGAGUCCUCCAGGCUCCAGCCCUUUAAGCUGUUAAAAUGUACCUAACUACCUUCCGGUACAAAAGAUUCCUUGUUUGUGGACUAGUUUAGUUAUAUCGGUUCUGACUCCCCUCUUUUUAGUCAGCUUUAUUUAUAAUGAUUUUUGUUAUAACUUAAGCAAUUUCAUCUUAGGCAUAUUAUCUCAUUAGAAACCUUGUCUUUCGAUAGUGGUGAUAAUGAGUAAAACCGAUGUACAAAUAUGGGCCCAAUACAUACCCUUGUGGCACACUUAGAAAAUUAAGAAAAUCGGUCUCCACAUUGAUAUGCAUCAAUGUACAUUUGCCUUUAAAUAUGUUCAUUGAGUUGAUAUAAAACAGAAAUACAUAAAUGACAUGAGUUUGGUUAAUAAAGUUUUAGUUUGUAGUUUAGUACGAAAAGCGAAUGAGCCUUUAUACAUACUUAUAAAAAAUUGUUCUGCGUCAGUAUUGGAUGCGUUUAGUUGGAUUUGAAUGUGUGCGUGGAGAAUUUCAACUUUUACGGAAAACAAGGGUCAUAAAAUACUAUUUUAAUAAAAAUAGAGUAUUAUUUAUUUUAGUUUGCAUUAAUUUAUAAGUACGUUUGUGUUGAGUGUUCAUUGCAGUGUAUACGUAUUAUUUUAUGCAUAGAAAUUUAUAUUUCGAUAGUUUUAUGAAAUAAAUUUUUGUACAGUU